AUGUUUUGUGGCAUAUUGGCAGAGAGAAAUGAUUAUAUAGAUCACCUUGAUUGUGACUAUCAAGGGAUGAUGGAGUUCCUGUGAUACAUUUACACCAAGGAAGUUAGCUUCAAUUUUGCAGUUACUCUAUUUGGAAGAGAAAUACAUGAUUCUCUCGCUGACCAACCGCUGCAUUUUUAUUCUUGCACGAGCAUCUGGAUUCAAGUAA